AUUAGAAAAGGAAAGAAGAAAAAUGGCCGCGCUCCGAGUUCCUCCAGAAGCUACAUUUAGCCUUCGCUGGUUUAUCCAGGGAAACUGCAUCUCCGUCUUGUAUUUUUUGCUGAGAAGUUACCCAUCAACCAGUCCAUUUUUCGAAACAUUUUCCCAGCGAUAUCUCGCAUCUAUCGUCGUAUUUGCACUCAUCAACUUCUUGUAUUGCUGGAUUUUUUACAAGACGUACUUCACCAGACAGGUAGCUUUCCAGGGUUGUCUUCUCGGCGUACUAUCCGGGACAGGGCUCAUCAUCGGCUUCACGUCCAACACGUUUCAUCCGUUCGGCUGGUACCUUGUCAUCCUCAGUUUCUUCCAUUUCUCAGAGUUCUUCAGCACCUGCAUCUACAACUACGAAAGCCUGUCGCUGGAUUCUUACCUCCUGAACCACAGCAUAGCAUACCAUGUGGCGGCCCUCGCUAGCUGGCUGGAGUUCUUCAUUGAACUCUACUUCUUCCCAGGAUUGAAAUCGAUGUGGUACAUCAGUCUUCUGGGCAUUGUGCUGUGUGUGGGCGGAGAGUUUCUGCGGAAGGGUGCCAUGCUGACCGCUGGCCGGAGUUUCAACCACUACAUCCAGACCACUAAAGCUGAUGACCACGAGCUGGUCACUCACGGGGUGUAUUCCUGGUCAAGACACCCAUCCUACGUGGGCUGGUUCUACUGGAGCAUAGGAACACAGUUGAUAUUAUGCAAUCCUCUAUGCUGUCUCGCGUACAGCAUCACAUCCUGGCGCUUCUUUAACGAGCGGGUGGAGGACGAGGAGAUCACAUUAGUUGCUUUCUUUGGCCAGAGUUAUGUUGAUUACCAGAAGAAGGUCGGCACCAAGCUUCCUUUUAUCCAUGGCUACAGAUUAUGACCGAAGCAAUGUCAGAGGAAUAUCAGUGAGCCGCAUUGACCAAAUAAUUUGAUGCCUGCAAAAUAUCUACAACAAAACAAAUGUGUGUCAGCGUUAUAUGGAUAUCAAUGUUGCUAUGUGAGGCAACAUUUUGUGUGUGUCUGGCUUGGACAUGACAACUAUUUUUUUUUCAAAGUAUAUCUGAAAUAAUUCUGUUGAAUGAGAUUUUGCUUUGUGAAUCAUCAGAUUGUAGGUCGGAACACAUGGAGCUGAAUCCCUGAUCUAGCACCUUCAUCCUCAGGCAAGGCAUUACUUUACAUUUUGCCCUAUUUGACACUUCUAUUAUCCAUUUGUUGUUUAUUUGUAUGCAUGAGCUUCCAUUGUGAGGUCGGUGCAGUCAGAAGUCCCCAGAGUUACAUGUAUGUCCUUUUCAUAUUUAUUUCUAAUAAGGGAUGAAAAAAGGGAACAAGCUGUGCUCCUUUUCACAAAAUUAUAGAUAAAUUUUAAUGCAUCUCGGCAUCGCAUAGUGGAUCGGCAUUGUUAUUUCAUAAAAGCCUGGUUUUGCUCUUUUAAUAUGGACCACCAAAGUGGAGCUUUGACCACCACAAUUGAAUUUAAUUUAGAUUAUUAAAUUUAGAUUUGUUGUUAGAAGGUGAUGUACAAGGCAGAUAAAAAAAAAAUUAAGUUGAUUUUCAGGUAAUAGCUUUGACUUGGGUAUUUUUACUAUUGAUAAAUGCAUAUUCAAUUAUGUACUGUAUAUUUGGUUUUGUAUUAUGAUAAGUUUGAAAGAAUAUAAAAUGUGCCUUUUGUAUACAUUUGUGAAGAGAUUAUGACUUGCUGAUGUAUUUUUUUUAAUAUUUUGGGUGACUUAUUAACUUAUUGGCCAGAGUAAAUAACAAAUUCUAUUUUUGAAGGGCUGGUUUCCCGAGGCAUUGAUUUAUGAAUUUAGAAUGACCUAUCUCAGAAAGGACAUUAUUUGUGGCCGAGAGGUUUAAGUACUGUGUAAAACAUCAUUGAAAUGUUACCACAAUAAAAUUCAUGUAGCAUUCUAUACUUUCAAUACAAAUUGAUAUGUAAGAGUUAUUAAUCAAAUGAUUACAGUUAUAAGAACUGCAUUUGUCCAUUUAAAGGAAUGGUGUGAGUAAUAUAAUAUGAACACAAUUUACAGUUCCUAGCACUUAUCAUUAUUUACUUACAGAUUUAUAUUUACAACAGCCAUAACUUUCUUAUUCCAUGUCCAAAUUCUUCAAAUUUUUAAAUAGUUUUUCCUAUUUUCUUCUCUCUCUCCCACCAUUUCAUGACCAAUGUUGGAUUCCCCAAUAAGAAAUUGCCUCUUGGCUUCCAUGGCCAGACGGGUUCAUGAUAAUUGCCCAUAC